CAGCGGCCCCGCGAGGAGGAGGAGGAGCCGCCGCCGCAGCAUCAAAGAGACCGAAUUCCCGCGGCCUGGGGGGGAGUCAUGCUUUGCGGUCUGUAAUGUCAGCAGAACAGGAGAAGGAUCCCAUUUCGCUGAAGAGAGUUCGAGGUGGUGACAGUGGACUGGAUGGGUUAGGAGGACCAGGUGUACAACUAGGAAGCCCAGACAAGAAAAAACGCAAGACAAAUACACAGGGGCCUUCUUUUCCUCCAUUGUCUGAGUAUGCUCCGCCACCGAAUCCAAACUCUGACCAUCUAGUGGCUGCUAAUCCAUUUGAUGACAACUACAAUACUAUUUCCUAUAAACCACUGCCUUCAUCAAAUCCAUAUCUUGGUCCUGGUUAUCCUGGCUUUGGAGGCUAUAGCACAUUCAGAAUGCCACCUCACGUUCCUCCAAGAAUGUCUUCCCCAUAUUGUGGUCCUUACUCACUCAGGAAUCAGCCACACCCAUUUCCUCAGAAUCCGUUGGGCAUGGGUUUUAAUCGACCUCAUGCUUUUAACUUUGGGCCACAUGAUAAUUCAAGUUUUGGAAAUCCAUCUUAUAAUAAUGCACUAAGUCAGAAUGUUAACAUGCCUAAUCAACAUUUUAGACAAAAUCCUGCUGAAAACUUCAAUCAGAUUCCUCCACAGAAUGCUAGCCAAGUAUCUAACCCUGACUUGGCAUCUAACUUUGUCCCUGGGAAUAAUUCUAAUUUCACUUCUCCACUAGAACCUAAUCAUUCUUUUAUUCCUCCCCCAAACACUUUUGGUCAAGCAAAACCACCACCCCAAAAGCAAGACUUUAGUCAAGGAGCAACCAAAAACACUAAUCAAAAUUCUUCUGCUCACCCACCUCACUUAAAUAUGGAUGACACAGUGAAUCAGAGUAAUAUUGAAUUAAAAAAUGUUAAUCGAAAUAAUGUAGUAAAUCAAGAGAAUAGCCGUUCCAAUAGCACUGAAGCUACAAACAACAGCCAUGCAAAUGGGACACAGAAUAAACCACGACAACCUAGAGGUGCCACAGAUACAUGCACCACUGAAAAAAGCAAUAAAUCCUCUCUCCACCCAAGCCGUCACGGCCAUUCUUCUUCUGAUCCAGUGUAUCCUUGUGGAAUUUGUACAAAUGAAGUGAAUGAUGAUCAGGAUGCCAUCUUAUGUGAAGCUUCUUGUCAGAAAUGGUUUCAUCGGAUCUGCACUGGAAUGACUGAAACAGCCUAUGGCCUCCUAACAGCAGAGGCAUCAGCAGUGUGGGGCUGUGAUACCUGCAUGGCUGACAAAGAUGUCCAGUUAAUGCGCACUAGAGAAACUUUUGGUGCGCCUGCAGUGGGCAGUGAUACUUAAUCACAAGCAUUAACCACAGUGGUUUUUCCCCCCAAGUAUGUUACAGAGGUUCAGUGACACAAGAUUCUAAUGUUUUAUAUUAUUUUUUUAAAUGCACACACACAAAGAUUAUUUACCUUUUAGUUUUUAUUAAUAUUCCACUUCAUUACUAGGGCAAACUUUGUAUUGUCUUGUUUGCUAUCUUAAAUAAGAAUAAUGUAUAUAAGGGUGCAUUAGGAAGUACUAUACAAAGACAUGUUAGUUUUUGUUGUUAAGCAUAAAAGCCUCUUGAAGCUUCAAAUAAUAUAUAGCAAAUGUAGGCAAGUUUUAACUUUUAAAAGUUAGAAUCAUUGAGAAAUGUAUCUGUUGACCCUUGAACAACACAAGUUUGAACUGCAUAGGUCCACUGAUAAUGUGGAUUUUUUUCGGUAAACAUGUACUAUAGUACUAUAUGAUCCAUGGUUGGUUAAAUACAAGGAUGUGGAACCAUGGAUUUGGAAAGCUGACUGUAAAGUUAUAUGCUCACUUUUGACUGAGAGGGGGUCAGCACCCCUAAUCCCACAUUGUUCAAGGGUCAGCUCUAUUGUAGUGCUGAACUUUGGCAGUAUUGGACAGUUCAAAAAUUUUUUCAAGGAUCUAUUUAAAAUGUUUGCAGAAAGAAGAUAUGUAGCUAAAAC